AAAGACUAUGGAUAGUGACCAACCACCAUUCGAUAGUGCAAAAAAAUAUAACCAUUCGAUAGUAUCGAUAGUUCAAUCGAUAGUUUUACAGCUCUAGUAUAUCGUGGUUUUCUGAAUUUGGUUUAUAAAAUAUUUUCUCUUAUGGUUGGAAGCAUAUUAAAAUAGUACGUUCACAAAAGUGUGGGUUACGCAAAUGUGCUUAUAAUAAAUGCCACAUUUCAUAAGUCGAAACGGUGAGAUCGAGUUAAAACUUCCUUGAUUGCUGUAAAGAUAUAUAAAGAGUGGUGAAGGGGAAGGAUAGUUAGAAUGUCUAAAUCGUAUUCUGGGAGAGAUCGGGAGAGGGACCGUGAUAGGGAUCGUGACCGGGAAAGGGAUAAGGAAAGGGAACGUGAGAAACGACGAUAUUCCAGAAGCAGAUCUAGAACACCCAAGGAAGGCAAGUCCUUUCGAAAUGAUAAUGUAAUCAGCAGAAAUCGAGACGAUCGUAAAAAAGAUAGGGAAAGGGAACAGCGAGAAAUCGACCGUAAUAGGCGUGAAGAUAAACGUCGAAAGCGCUCCAGAUCUAAAUCCAAUCCAAAAGAUUACGACCGUGAAAAAAUAAAGUUCUUUGAACGUGGAAGAGAUAAGGAAAGAGAUCGUGAUCGAGAACGGGAACGUGAGCAACGUGAACGUGAUAGGGAACGAGAAAGAGUUAGGGAUCGAGAACGUGAUCGGGAACGGGAUAGAGAUCGAGAUCGGGCCCGGGAUCGUGAACUAGAGGUCGAAAGUAGGCGAAAUGUACAGCCCGUUGUAAAGACAAUACCAGAGGAGUCUAGCAGCUCUUCGGAAGAAGAAAUUGACAAGGAAGAAGAGCAACGGCGACUUGAACAGGAAAUGAUAAAACGAAGAGAGCGCAUUGAGCGAUGGAGGGCAGAACGUAAAUUAAAAGAGCUGGAAGGUAAAAAAGAUCUUAAAUCCCUUCCGGUACAAACGCCGAUUAGCACAUCUAAAAAGUGGAGCUUAGAGGACGAAUCCGAAGAGGAAGAUAAUAAUGUUAAUCAAAUGCCACCAACAUCUGAUAUUAAAAAAGAGCCGGAUUCUCCACCUCCGAAAUUCCAACGGUUGAAAAAAUUGCAAGAUGACGAUGAGGAAAAUGAUGCACAUCAGAAAAUAAAAAAAUUAUCCAAGCUUGACGAUGAUGACAAUGAAGACGAGAAGUCUACAGAAAAUAAAACUGCAGAAAACGAUAUAGAUAUUGAUCCAUUAGAUGCCUAUAUGCAAGAAGUCGACAAAGAAGUGAGGAAUGUAAAUCACAUUGUGACGCAGCCGAAAAAGCAACAGGGUGUUGUCAUUCUUACAGGGGUGGCCAAGAAGAAUACAGAAAAAUCAAAUAAAGGCGAACUCCUUGAACAAAACAUGGACAGCCUUGAAUAUUCAAGUGAGGAAGAGUUGGAAGAUAUAAAAGACACAGCUGCAAAUUUGGCAAACAAGCAUCGCAAAGAACUAGCUAAAAUCGAUCAUUCCGGCGUGAAUUAUACGCCGUUUCGAAAAAAUUUUUACGUUGAAGUACCAGAGUUAGCUCGAAUGACCCAACAAGAAGUCGAUAAGUACCGCGCUGACCUGGAGGGAAUUCAAGUAAAAGGAAAGGGCUGUCCUAAGCCUAUUAAGACAUGGGCGCAAUGUGGUGUCAGCAAGAAAGAAAUGGAUACAUUACGCAAGCUUGGCUUCGAGAAACCCACGCCCAUCCAAUGUCAGGCGAUUCCGGCAAUCAUGUCUGGACGAGAUUUGAUAGGUAUUGCUAAAACUGGCAGUGGCAAAACGCUCGCUUUCAUUUUACCAAUGUUUAGGCACAUACUGGAUCAAUCGCCACUAGAGGAUGGUGAUGGCGCUAUCGCUGUUAUAAUGGCACCGACACGGGAGCUUUGUAUGCAAAUCGGCAAGGAUAUACGAAAGUUCUCAAAAACUAUCGGUUUACAUCCCGUAUGCGUCUAUGGCGGCACUGGAAUUUCCGAACAAAUAGCAGAAUUGAAGCGUGGCGCGGAGAUCAUUGUGUGUACUCCCGGCCGCAUGAUCGACAUGUUGGCGGCCAAUUCUGGACGUGUAACAAAUUUGCGCAGAGUGACGUAUAUUGUACUGGACGAAGCUGAUCGCAUGUUCGAUAUGGGUUUUGAACCGCAAGUGAUGCGCAUCAUAGACAAUGUGCGUCCAGAUAGGCAAACGGUCAUGUUUAGUGCAACAUUCCCGCGUCAAAUGGAGGCGCUGGCUCGGCGGAUACUUAAGAAGCCAAUUGAGGUAAUUGUCGGCGGACGAUCUGUAGUGUGUAAGGAUGUUGAACAAAACGUGGCUAUAUUGGAGGAUGAAGCGAAAUUCUUUAAACUUCUUGAGCUGCUGGGUGUAUAUCAAGAACAUGGAAGUAUAAUAGUGUUCGUGGACAAACAGGAGAAUGCCGACAUUUUGCUCAGAGAUCUUAUGAAAGCUUCAUAUCCGUGUAUGAGUUUGCACGGCGGCAUUGAUCAAUUCGAUCGUGAUUCCACAAUACUUGACUUCAAAUCAGGUAAAGUGCGUCUUUUAAUUGCAACGUCUGUGGCUGCUCGUGGCUUAGAUGUUAAAGAUUUAAUAUUGGUAGUAAACUAUGACGUACCAAAUCACUAUGAAGACUACGUUCACAGAUGUGGACGUACUGGCCGAGCUGGUAAAAAAGGUUGUGCUUGGACCUUUCUUACAACAGAACAAGCCCGAUAUGGCGGGGAUAUUAUACGUGCGCUUGAAUUAUCUGAUGCUAAAGUUCCUGAAGAUUUACAAAAGCUUUGGACGGAGUAUAAAGCUGCACAAGAAGCAGAAGGUAAGAAAGUGCAUACUGGUGGUGGAUUUAGUGGCAAAGGAUUUAAAUUUGACGAACAAGAAGCUAAUGCUGCAAAGGAAAGCAAAAAGUUGCAGAAAGCUGCUCUUGGCUUGGCUGAUUCAGAUGAUGAAGAGGAUAUUGAACAAGAUAUAGACCAGCAAAUUGAGCAGAUAUUUGCAGCAAAACGAACGGUAAAAGAUACCUCGAUUCCAACACCUGCGGUAACAGCGUCAGUAGCACCUACAACAACAACAGCUAGUGUUUCCAGUGUACCACUGGCUGCUUCUGGCUCAGAUAAGUUGGAAUUAGCGAAACGUCUUGCCUCAAAGAUCAGUACAACAAAGAAUUUGGGUGCUGAUGGCAAAGUGAAUCCGCAGGUAUCUGCCGAAACCAUACUUAAAGGCGGUGGCACCGGUCAACCCAUGAUAACGGCCCGCUCCGUAGUAGAGCAAUUGGCAGCUAAAUUGAAUAACAAGUUAAAUUAUCAACCUAAAGAUGACGAAGAUGGCGUAAAUCCUUUGUUACCCAACCAGCCUAAUUCGUUCACCAAAUAUGAAGAAGAGCUGGAAAUCAAUGAUUUCCCUCAGCAGGCGCGCUGGAAGGUAACAUCCAAAGAAGCAUUAGCCCAAAUAUCAGAAUAUUCGGAAGCUGGUCUCACAGUGCGUGGAACAUAUGUACCACCUGGCAAAAAUCCACCCGAAGGUGAACGUAAAUUAUACUUGGCUAUCGAAAGCUGCAGUGAGUUAGCUGUACAGAAGGCAAAACGAGAAAUAACCCGUCUUAUUAAAGAGGAACUGUUGAAGUUGAGUUCAGCGCAUCACGUGUUCAACAAAGGCAGAUACAAGGUGCUCUAGUCGCUCAUAAUAUUAGGAAUGCAUCAUUAUUUUUUCUAGACUAUAAACUAUAUAUAAAUACAUAAAUAUGUAUAUUGUAUUAAUAAAAUGUGUAUCCUAAUGGGUGCGAAAUUA